UAAGAUUAUUUUCUAGCUCGUCCUCGGUGCUAACACUACUUUUAUCAAUGUCUUGUUAGGUGUGGAAUACAUUGGAGGAGACAUGUUCACUAAAGUUCCUCAAGGACAAACCAUUAUCUUGAAGUGGAUACUUCACAAUUGGGAUGAUGAUCACUGCUUGAAGCUACUAAAAAAUUGUUAUGAUGCCUUGCCAAAAUCGGGUAAGGUGGUGGUGGUGGAACUUUUAGCACCAGAAUCACCUGUGAGUGAUCUUAUCGACAAAAUUGUCUUUGAGUUUGACAUAAGAAUGCUUCAGUUUUUAUCUGGUGCAAAAGAGAGGACAAAGAAAGAGUAUGAGGCUUUGGCAAGAGAAGCUGGUUUCUCAGCUUUGAAACAAAUAUGUCCUGCUUACAACUUUUGGGUGAUGGAAUUUUACAAAAAUAUGAACCCUUCUGCCUGAGUCAUGGAGAGAAAUUUAAGGACAUCCAAUUUAUCUGCAGAAAGGCAAAAUUUCCAAGGCUCACCAUGUUCUAGUGUAGUGUUUCAAUAAAUGUUGUUUAGUGUUUCAAUAAAUGUGUACUUGGUUAUGCUGCUAGCUAGAUUGGUCAUCCUUUUCUUUGUUUCCAGUCCUGAGGAGUCAGACCUUCUUGUUGCAAUGCAAUUUGUUUUAAUAAAAUAGAAGGUUAAGUGCAUUAAUUUCCAUGGAAUGGUAGUUCUACAUGAUUCACUGAUGUCCAUUCAAACAGAGAAUGUGUAUUUUGAGCAUGUUUCCUCAGUUGGUAGGUGAACAGGGCUAAUUAUCAAAUGGAGGGUUCCUCUCCAAGCAGUAGUUCUCGGAAGAUAGCCUCACAUAAACCCUUUUCAUGAAU